AUUAAAAUUGUAAAUCAAAAAUUAAUAGUUGCAAAAACAAUGUUUAAACAGUCUUUACAGAGUCAAACAUCUUUGUAUGAAAAUGAAGAUUUCUUAGAAUCCAAUUCAAAUAUUUAUAAUAAUAAUACUUCAGUAUCAACAGAACUUAAAUUACAACAAAAAAAAGCUAGAAAAGGUGGUCUGAAUUUUGAUAAA